GUAAAAAGAUAAAAAGAAAAAAAAAAGACCCCUCGUUCCCACCAAUAAAGGGAAAAAAAAGGAAAAAAUCCUCGAGUUCAUCGUGAGAUAAUAUUAGCCAAAAGAAACGAGAGACGUCCUCUCUCUCCCUCAAAACGCCAAGUAUCCCUCUCUCUAUUGAAAACAAACGAUAAACAAAAUCCUUUUUGGGUUGCUUCUUCUUUUUCUUCGAAGAAAUGGAGUCUCUAGACACGGCUGCUUGUUUCAUGGAUGACCUUUUGGACUUCUGUUCUGAUAUAGGAGAGGAAGAGGAUGGUGAAGAGCACCAGAGGAACAGCAAAAAAUCCAGAAGGGCACUUCCUUCCCUUAACCCUAAUGACCUUCACCCGGCUUCUUUCAACGUUUUGGAACAUAGUUUAUUACCUGAAUUUGCAGAGGAAGAUCUGGAAUGGUUAUCCAACAAAGAUGCGUUCCCAACAGUCGAAACUUGCUUCGGUAGCCUCUCCGGUGAGCCAGGCAGCAUUCCCAAGCACCACAGCCCAGUUUCCGUGCUCGAAAACAGCACUACUAGUAGCACCAGCAACAGUGGCAAUAGCAGUAAUAGUAACAUUAUUAUGAGUUCCUGUCGACUUCGCGUGCCUGUUAAGGCCCGUAGCAAGCGCCACCAUAGACACCCUCGAGAAAUCCAAGAGCAAGAGUGUUGGUGGAGUCAGGAAAAUUUCACGAGGAAACCGGCUGAGUCAGUAGCAAAAUUGGGGAGAAAAUGUCAGCAUUGUGGUGUUGAAAAGACUCCACAAUGGCGGGCAGGUCCAGAUGGACCUAAAACAUUGUGUAAUGCUUGUGGGGUGAGAUACAAGUCUGGUAGAUUGGUGCCUGAGUACCGACCUGCAAAUAGUCCAACGUUCUCCAGCAAAUUGCACUCGAAUUCGCAUAGGAAGGUUGUGGAGAUGAGGAGGCAGAAGCAGAUGAUGGGGUUACUUGUUGCGAAGCCAAUGGAUAAAGGGUAGGAUAGUGGCUAUUCAAGUUUUAUUUCUGAGUUAUUUUACUACUAGCAUGGUUAGGGAGUUGGGGGGG